AUGACAUCACCACUUUGGCUGACUCGACGCGACUUUUUAGCCCUCGACCUGACCAGACCUCGUAACCAACCGUUGUCUCUUGAAGCCCACAAAGCUCUUCGCUUGGAGCGAGCACAUCGUCUACUCUGGCCCACUGAACUGACUGACCGGCCGCUGUCACCUAGCAACCGAAGCAGAAGCAUGUAUCGUCAAAACAGUGCAUCCAGGAAGCCGGAGCUGUGUCAUGUGCAUCAGUACACCGGUCACGAGCCCAUGACAUUGGUCCAGAGACAUAGGUUAGCUAGCAACUAUACAAUGCCUCCCUCAUCAUAA